AUGCCAGCUGCAGUGAAGACAUCUCUGGACAGUGUGAUGUUGGACUCUGGGGAGCUGGAACGGGCUGUGCCCCCCUGUUUGGGGAAGUUGCCCAGAGAACUGGUCAGAAACUUCCCACACACUAAACGUGUGGGCAGCUACCUGGUGGGCAAGAUGAUCAACAAAGGUUCAUUCGCCAAGGUGAUGGAAGGAAUGCACAUUAGCACGGGGGAGAAGGUAGCGAUUAAAGUAAUCGACAAGAAGAAAGCGCGGCAGGACUCAUAUGUGUUGAAGAACAUGAAGCGUGAGCCGAGAAUCCACCAGAUGAUUCGUCACCCCAACAUUGUCUUGCUGCUGGAGACGCUGGAGACUGAGAAUUGUUAUUACAUGGCCAUGGAGCUGUGCUCUGGGGGGGAUCUGAUGGAUAGAAUCUGUGAGCGCAAACGUCUGGAUGAGAGAGAGGUCCGCAGAUACACUCGUCAGAUACUGUCUGCUGUGGACCAUCUACACACACAUGGCAUAGUGCACAGAGACCUGAAGAUUGAGAACUUCCUUCUGGAUGAACACAACAACAUUAAAAUUGUUGAUUUUGGUCUGAGUAACACUCUGAAGAUAGAUUCCCUCUCUCCGGAGCUGCUGAACACUCAGUGUGGAAGUCCAGCAUAUGCUGCCCCUGAGCUGCUGGCCCACAGAAAGUACGGCCCUAAAGUGGAUGUAUGGUCUGUGGGUGUGAGUAUGUUUGCCAUGCUGACUGGUACGCUGCCCUUCACAGUGGAGCCCUUCAACAUAAAACAGCUUUAUCAAAAAAUGGUUAAUGGAGAAAUCAGCACUAUUCCAUCUGACAUCAGUAAAGGGGCCAUACAGUUUGUUUUGUCCCUGUUGGAGUCAGAUCCAGUGAAAAGGCCAACAGUGAAAGCAGCCAUGGAGGAGAAAUGGCUCAAUGAGGGCUAUGCCAAGAGACCACUACAUACUGUGGUUUACAAGAACAGGUUGCGUCCUGAAGAUCUCAACUCAUCAGUACUAAACUACAUGACCGAGUCUCUUGGCUUUGGUCUCUCAGACAUCAUCCACACUGUGAUCACCAACAAACCCUCUGCCAUCUUAGCUACCUACCAGCUACUGCUGAAAAAACUGAUCAGGCACCAGAAAGGAGUCAAGACUAUGAAGAGAGUGGACACCAGUGAGUGGAACCAAAAUAAGCCUGUGUGGAAAGAGAGGAACAACACACCAGCAAAGGUUCAGCAACAGAGUGAAACUACCAGUGACAGCCAGAGCCAGAGACAGUCUAGUAAAACUCAUCAUGUCCAGUCACAAGAUAGAGAUUCCCUCAGUGGCAGAAGGAGACCAGAGGUGGCCAGCAGACAGAAGCUGCCAAGCCCAGAGCACAGAGCAUCUUUCCCAUCCUCUCCACGUGCAGACACAUUCAAUGACGAUGGCCUUGCAAUCACCACAGAGACAAGAGAUGGGCUAUUUCCUGAAGUCUCUGUGUUUGGUGAAAGGGAGCUCGUCCAUGCUUCACCCCCAAAAUGUUCUUGCAGGGAAGGGAGUGGCUCAAAGCUGUGUGACUCCACCCCCUGUGAUGUUCCAGUAACUAUGGAAAAUAAAAAGGACUCCCAGUCCACCAAACCACCACCAAAACCUCAUGACCUGAAAGCCACACACUCUGAAAACUAUUCAGAGGAAGAACUAACACAUCACCAUGACAACAAGCUGGAGAAGUUACAGACGUUCUACUCAGAAAAAGGCGUGUCACCCAGAACGCACUUGGAGAGUAGAGCAGGGCAGCGGUUUAAGGACCUCCUGUUGGCCAUAGAGGAAAAGUCCCACCCUGCCCAUCACCUAAAAGUCGCAGAAACCACAGCACAAACCUCUCCGUUACCACGACUACGUCAUGGAACUGUGUCGCCAAGGAAAGUAACUUGGGUGGGGCUUAAACAUCAAGCUGGGACAAGCACAGGCUCCUCCCCCUUUCUGAUCAAUGGUUCAAAGCCACCCGUGUUUCCAUCCCAAAGGCAGCAGGCUCUGGUCAUCAAGACCCUGAGACAUGCAAAAGAAAAGAGGAACGCAGGAGGAGCAGCAAUUAGUGUCCCAGGAAACACAGUGAAAAGGAACUCAGUGCAGUUGCGGACAUUCAUCCAGCGCAGAGACAGAGACUUAAACCUGCCCAUGCUGCCCUCCACAUUCCCCAGCAAGGCUGACAAGAAAACAGAAAUACUCAGGAUGGACUUUGGUUAAUAGAGGGAUAGAGGGAGAGGGGAACAGAGGGUAAUUUAAUAAUUCACAAAUUUAAACUCUGGUGGCAAAUUGUUCAAUAUGCAUUUUACAAGACCCCCCCACCAAACUAAUGAAAGUACUUUUGUA